AUGGCCCAGGAAUUCAAUUUGGUGACCCCCUGGUUCACAGGUGGCACUCAAUCCACUGAGCCACACCAGCCAGGGCAGUUAGUGUGGUCUUUUGUCAGCUUCCACCAUGGCGUAUGUGGCCAAGGCCAAAGAGUGCAGAAGGUGAUGGUGCAGCCCAUCAACCUUAUCUUCAGGUACUUGCAGGACAGGUCUCAGAUUCAGGUGUGGCUUUAUGAGCAAGUGAGUGUAUGGAUAGAGGGCUGUGUCAUUGGUGCAGAAGAGAUUCAUUCUAAAACAAAGUCAAGAAAACAACUAGGUCAGAGCAUGCUAAAAGGAGAUAAUAUUAUUCUGCUCCAAAGUGUCUCCAUCUAGAAAUGACUGACAACAUGAGAAACUGUUGAGAAGCAAUACCAUUUGUGUUCUUUAGGUGUUCUUUGUUGCAGAUAGUCCUUGAACAUUUAUUCAUAUUGUUUUGAUUACCCUUUUGUUAUUACCAGAUGACAAUAAAUGCUGUGUGACUUUUUAUUAGAAAAAAAUCAUUUGCUUUUGGGAUUCUGUCAUUGCACUGGGAGACCAGAAUAUAUGGUGGUGUUAUCUCUGCUCCUUUUUCUCUUACCCAAAACUAUUCUGGGAUAGGGGCCUUUUCAUCUUAUUGUUAGAUCAAUUUCUUCUCUCUGUCCAUGGAUUUGAAUUUUUCAACAAACUUAUCCAUUUAU